CGCGGAUCACAAGUGGCUGUAGUACAGAGCUCCGUUACAGCAGCCUCUGCAAAUUAGCUUGGUGGGGGGGGGGGGAAAACUCAGCCAGGAAUCGAUGUGAGUGCUGCGAGCAACCAGGCGGUACAGUGAACCUGCCGCUGACUGCCUUCAAGAACCCCGGAGAUCAAUCAGAGGCAAUUGUCUUUAGAGGUCCUCUCGAUGCCCCGCGAGUUAUAAGUUGACGGAAAGAUUAUCGCUACGAAGGCGAUGGGUGGGAAGCAGUCUCGCAGCCUGUCCCACACCGAGUUGACCGAGGUGAGUGUGGGCCAAAGGAGAGCGGGUACGGUCAGAGACGAGCAGAGCGGCCUGUCCGGGGCAGCGGAGAGGAUCCGUAAACAAACCACCGUACACUUUGGUUUCAGCACUCUGAGCUUAGCCAUGCGGGGGCUGGACGAACCCCCCGCCGAGCUGUGGGAGCUCCGGGACCUCCAGAAGCUCAACCUGUCCAUGAACUGCCUGUGCUCCUUGCCUCCCGCUCUGGGCGCUCUGGACAACCUGGUGAUUCUCAACCUGUGGGGGAACAACCUGUCCAGCCUCCCCCCCGAGAUCGGGCUGCUGAAGAACCUGCGCGUGCUGUUCGCCUGUCGCAACCGCCUGAGCGAGGUCCCCGAGGAGCUGGGCUCCUGCACGUGCCUGGAGGUGCUCAGCCUGGCCAACAACCAGAUCUCCGGCCUCCCCAGCAGCCUGGCGGCCAUGGACCAUCUCACCAAGCUCAACCUCAGUCACAACCGCAUCGUUCACAUUCCCACCUGCGUCUACAGCAUGAAGGGGCUGGUCUUCCUGCACCUGGCCUGCAACCGUUUGGAGAGCAUCGCCGAUCAGAUUCAGGACCUGGUCAACCUGAAGAUCCUGAUCGUGGAGGGGAACAGCAUCCACGCGCUACCGAAGACUCUGUGUUUCCUGGAGUCACUGGAGCUCCUCAACGUGGACUUCAACGAGCUGCAAAGCGUGCCGGAGGAGAUGUACCAACUGAGCAGACUCAGGCGCUUGGCCUGCCACCCGCUGGAUAAAGGACUUCAUAUUAUUCACAACCCUCUCCUCAAGCCCAUUCAUGAGGUGCUGCAAGGUGGACUGAGCGCCUUAUAUAACUACCUGAAACCUACAUGAAGAAAUACCUCGGUUUGUAGUUGUACAUGUGCGUGGUUUGCUGCUUCCUUGGCACCGUCUGACCAAACUCAACCCGAGCCUUUUUAUGUGUCAACAGCAUUUAAAGUCGUGGUCUUUCUCCGCUGGGCGCGCAAGGGUUUGGAAACCAUUGCUGGGCAGAUUCAGGACAUGGUUCCUCUAAAUAAUCUGAUCAUGGAGGGGAACGG